GCCGGCGUCCGCGCUGGAGCCGGUACCGGAGCGGCGGGCCGGGCCCCGCCUGCCCUGCCCUCCCCGCCCCGCGGGCCUGCCCGCGCUGCCGGCCGCCGCCGAGCCGCCUCCGCCCGCGGUGGAUGCCGCCGGGGAGCGGGCGGAGCGCGCCGCCGGGAAGGGGGGCUGCCGCGGCCGCCGGAGCCCACGUACAUGCGAGUGCCCUCUCCGCUCACCAGCAUGCUUUACUUCCAGAUGGUGAUCAUGGCUGGGACCGUGAUGCUGGCUUAUUAUUUCGAGUACACGGACACCUUUGCGGUCAACGUGCAAGGCUUCUUCUGCUACGAGGGCGCGUACCGAAAGCCCUACCCGGGCCCGGAGGACCGCAGCGCCGUGCCCCCGGUGCUGCUCUACUCGCUGACCGCAGGCGUGCCCGUGCUGGUGAUUAUCGUUGGAGAAACUGCAGUGUUUUGUCUACAGAUAGCUACAAAGGAUUUUGAAAACCAAGAAAAAACAAUAUUAACUGGAGACUGUUGUUAUAUAAAUCCACUGGUGCGCAGGACCAUCAGAUUCCUUGGAAUUUACGCAUUUGGACUGUUUGCAACGGACAUCUUUGUAAAUGCUGGACAAGUAGUAACAGGGAAUCUUGCACCACAUUUUCUUGCACUUUGUAAACCCAACUAUACAGCACUUGGAUGUAAACAGUAUACACAGUUCAUCAGUAGUGUACAUGCCUGUACUGGAAAUCCAGACCUUAUCAUGAAAGCCAGAAAGACAUUCCCAUCCAAAGAAGCAGCACUAAGCGUAUAUGCAGCUAUGUAUCUGGCUAUGUAUAUCACCAACACAGUAAAAGCCAGAGGAACAAGGCUUGCAAAACCCGUUCUGUGUUUGGGCUUAAUGUGCUUGGCUUUCCUUACUGGAAUCAACAGAGUAGCAGAGUAUCGAAAUCACUGGUCAGAUGUAAUAGCAGGAUUUGUAAUUGGAAUAUCUAUAGCAGUAUUUUUGGUUGUCUGUGUGGUAAAUAACUUCAGAGGACGUCAGCCAGAACAUGAACAUUCUCAUAUGGAUAAUCUGGCCCAGAUGCCCAUGAUCAGCAUACCCCGAGUAGAAAGCCCUUUAGAAAAGGUGUUACAGAAUCAAGGUAUUAGUAACAAUCAAGAAGAUGCUUUACAACAAAGCUCCCUCAAAGCACGCAUCACUAGGUUCUUCUCCUGGAUAUCAGGAAUGGACUGUUUUGAACAUCUUCAUCGAAGGCAAUAAGUGGAUGUGCGCAAGCGCGCACACGAGUGUUUGUGUGUGGAACUGAAGCACGGGCAGAUGCAGUGUGGCGACAGCAUUCUGUGCAGGUCUUCAAUGUUUUAAAUGGGGAAUUUCACUUGAACUUACUCUUAUCUCUAAAAAUGUCAUUCAUCCAGUAAAAGCAUAAAAUAGACUUUGCUGACCCGGCAACCUGUAUUAUAACAUUAAUGUAUGAUAAAUUAUCAUCUGCCUGAACUACUACAGUAGUACUUUCUUUUAACAAAAGAAACUCCACUGUGUGGAGUACUAUAAACAAUUUUUCAAAUUCCCGUUUUCAAAAAUUGAUAAAUCUUUUUGGGGAUGAUGACUUAUUUUUGAAUAUUUCUAACUUUAUUCAUGAGAGCAGAACAAAAAAAUGUCAGGUAAAAAAUAUUUAAUAUAUAUAGCAAAAACUGCAAACCACAAAAAAAGUUGUCAUAGAUUUUUUUUUUCAAUGCUUUAACGUUAUAGAAUCACUUAUAAACAGCAAUGAAUUAAAAUAUUAACAGAAGAGAUACAGGUAUGGCUCAUUUUCCCCCAGAAAUCUGCACUCAAGGCUUAGCCUCUAGCUUUCAUUGUCCUGUUAGUGGUGUGAGAGCACGGCCAUGAAGCAUGCUUUGUCCAUGUGCUGCUGACACCAAGCUGAUCCUGUCAGUUUAGAAUGAAUUGUACAAAAGUUGGCAUGCCUGUCUGUGAAACUGCUGCCAUUGAGCAGACCCUCAGCACAUUCUAAUUCUUUUGCGUACUAUAGGGAAAAUCAUUUCCCAUGGAGUUGGAGGAGCUGAGCUGUGGUGCAUGGAUUUUUGCUUGUCUCCUGCAUCUGUGUGAAUUUGUGUGCUGAUAGUGGUUUGUAUUUCACACUGAACUUUGUCAAAGUAAAUCUAAGCAGAAGCAAAAGAGCAUGCUAAGAGAGAUGAGACGCAGUUAUUCAAGAGGGAUGCUGUUUGGUUGGUGUUUUGUUGUUUGCUGUGGUUCUUUUGGUUGCUUUUUUUGUGUGUGUGUGGUUUAUUUUUUUACUGUGUUUUUUUUUGUGUGUGUAUUGUGUUUUUUUUUUUCCUGUAAAGAGUUUCAGCAAGACUUAUUCUAGUCAGAGACGAUAACAUGUGAAAAAGCAUGAAUAACUCAGUUGCAUGAAUCUGUAUCAGUGAUUCUUGCCCAUCAGCAAGUGAUUAAUUUUGACCUAGUUAAGCAUCACCCUGCUGAGUCUGUUGAAAAUGAAUUGACAAGUCUUCACUAAGGUUCAAAUCAAUAGCUCUGCAAUCAGUGGCUUAGUAGGUCUCUCUGAGAGUUUAUUGAGGAAGCGGGAUUUUCUUCUGUGUUAUUAUAUGCCAUGAUCUGCAUGUCCUUCCAAGGAUGGUGACCUGCUCAUUAGGAAAGUAUAGGUGGCAGGAGUGUGAACCACAUUCUCCUUUCCUAAGUAAUAGUUACCCAGCCCUGAAUUAAUGCCAAAUGAAAGAGCAUUUGGUUCUCUGCAUCACAGACAAAUGUGUGUCACUUAGAGAAAGAAAUAGCAUGUAACAGGACCUGGAAGAAUUUAUUAGAAUAAGUAACGAGGAAUUUUUUUCCUCAGAAUUCCUCAUUUUUAAACCAUCUUACUUAUCAACAAAGUGAAUAAUUUUAGACUGGUGCUAGCUUAAGUUGACAGGAUAAUAUUCAGGUCAAAAUAAGAGAAAAUAAACACUGUGUAAGAAAAUGUCAUAAUAGCCUCACAGCGCCUCCAGAGCCGUUGAGGUUGCCCAAUGUAUUGUCCUUCCUGUACUGAAGGCAGAAGAUGGCCUGACAACUAAAAGGCUUUGAAACGUGAAUGUUUUCUUUUCUAAUUAGAAAAUCUAAUUUUGCUUUUUCUCCUGCAGAAUCAAAAUCUGGAAACAAUGACAUUUGCUAAUAUUGUUUACUAAAAAUAUUUUUGCAGAAAGUUGCACAUGGAUUCUUUAUCUAAUGCUUAUUAAAAAUCUGCUGGCUGUGGUUUAAUCAUUGUUAUUUACUUAAAAUGUAUUCAUUCUAGUUUGGAGAUGAAUGUACAUAGAUGCCUACUGUUUGGUGGUGGUCUCUUAUGAAAGCUGUCACAAAAUAAAGCAAGACUAGAGCUAAAAUGCAUAUACAGGGGAGGGGGAAGAGAGCCCCUCCUCUGGGCACAAUGCAGUUAUGGCACAGUGAGAGAGGAGGCAAAGCUGACAGCAUGUUUGAAGGGGGGGAAAUAAGAGGCAGAUCUCCUGUGCUUCCACUCAAGGUGCUUCUAAAUUCCUUUCUGCAGUGGGAAAAUCAAAGAUGCCUCCUGCCACACAGACUGAUAGACAAAUAUCCAGAUAGUUUAAAGAAGAACUGAGAAAUAGAAAUUUGUGUGGUGACCACUGUUUCUCUUCAGCACUUUCUAUGUUAUGUGAUACAGGAUUUUUCUGAAGGACUUAGAACAGCUUCCUGUAAGCGGGACAAAAAAGGGAGUUCUAUCCUACUGUCCAUGAGUUAUCUACAUCCCUCCUCCUCUUCAGCUUACACCUCCUCCCUUCUGAGUUUGGUCUGCUCCAGGAGGGGAGGUGAUCAGAGAAAUCUGCAGUGCUUUGCCUGGUAUUAUUUCCCUCUGUGCAUUUUUGUGCUGGGCAACAAACACAUGUCUUAAUGUCAAGACUCCCUUUAUUAAUUUUACACAUUGCAUGUUUUAUAAAAUUGGUGGCAGUCAAGGGUACUGUGUGUCUGAAGAGAAUGUACCAUUCCUUUGGGUCCUGCACAUCACUGUGCAGUUGAGUCUUCACCUACCAAAUACUUGCAGAGGCACUUGCUUAGGUUAGAGCAUGAAAAAGUAGCAAAGCUCUUUGGGGUGCUGCAGUUUUAAUGUGUAGAGUCACAUGUAGCAUAUCCACAUUCUGAUACACAUCUUUGAGUUCAUAAGAAUCAUCCCAUUGAAGGGAAGAGGAGAAUAGCAUUGCAAAUGAAAAGGACACUGCAGUGAUUCUGAAAAAAUGAAAUUUUGAGUAUAAGCUCUCAACUGCUAAAUGCAAUUUUGUUGUAGCAUUUCACCAUUUGAUUCUGUGCCAUCAAACUCAUGAGGAGCAAUGAAUCUUUAAAAAAGUGCAACAUUAAAAUCGUAUGAACACUGAAAUAGAAGAUUAUAAUCUGUCAGAAAGUAUCACUUUAGUUUCUAGGAAUUUUGCUUUUAAUUAUGAAUAAGGUAGGAAUAAAAGUACAGCUUACUCAAUUAUUCACAUUGUUACUUAAUUUUAAAAACCCAAUUGAAAACUAAGAUUUGUAGAACCAUUGCACCUAAUUACUUUGUUCAGCAUACUUAUGUAUGCAGUCUUUCAGCAGUUAACAAAGAAUUUCUGUGGGAGAGAGAGCACUGCAGUGAAAACCAGUUUUAUUUACAUCAUCCUGCAAUAGUCUCCAAGUAUAAGGCUGUCCCUGAAGCACAGGAGGCAAACAUUUUCACAAGAGCACUGAUAUUUAUCUGUGUGGUUUCUGGGUUUUUAUCUGUUUGUUUUUCCUUUAAC